CUGUGGCUUCCGGGGCCUCGAGCGGCGUUUUGGUGGAAGGUGAGUUGAGCUCAUCAACACACCAGACACAUGCUUCCUUCAGAGAUGUGACUCCACACCCUGGCUGGGUGUUCCAAGUCAUGGCCAACACCAUCUUCGGCAGCGGGAAUGAUCAGUGGGUUUGCCCCAAUGAUCGGCAGCUUGCCCUGCGAGCCAAGCUGCAGACGGGCUGGUCUGUGCACACCUACCAGACAGAGAAGCAGAGGAAGAGCCAGUGCCUCAGCCCAGCCGAGGUGGAGGCCAUCCUGCAGGUCAUCCAGAGGGCCGAGCGGCUUGAUGUCCUGGAACAGCAGAGAGUCGGGCGGCUGGUGGAGCGGCUGGAGACCAUGAGGCGCAACGUGGUGGGGAAUGGCCUCUCCCAGUGUCUGCUCUGUGGGGAGGUGCUGGGCUUCCUGGGCAGCUCAUCGGUGUUCUGCAAAGACUGCAGGAAGAAAGUCUGCACCAAAUGCGGGAUCGAGGCCUCCCCCGGCCAGAAGCGGCCCCUGUGGCUGUGUAAGAUCUGCAGUGAGCAGAGAGAGGUCUGGAAGAGGUCGGGGGCCUGGUUCUACAGAGGGAUCCCCAAGUACAUCCUGCCCCUGAAGACCCCCGGCCAGGCCGAUCACCCCCACUUCCGACCAUUGCCCACGGAGCCAGCAGAGCAAGAGCCCAGAAGUACUGAGAGCAGCCGCAUCUACACGUGGGCCCGAGAGAGAGUGGUUUCCAGCGACAGUGACAGUGACUCAGAUCUCAGCUCCUCCAGCCUGGAGGACAGACUCCCACCCACUGGGGUCAGGGACCGGAAAGGCGACAAACCCUGGGGGGAAUCAGGUGGCAGUGUGGAGUCAUCAAAGAUGGGGCCUCCCCGCCCACCCAGCCACCUCUCAGGGAGCCAGAGCAGCCUGGAUCGAGACGGGACCGGCUCUGCAGACCCACAGUGGGGGCCCCACCCAGGCCGGACCCAAAAGGCCACAAAGGCACACCUGGGCGAGCCCCUGCUGCUGACGUAGGCUCCGACGGUCCCCUCUGCCUGCCCUGAGCAGAGGCGUGCUUGGUGCGUGGGGCAGACUUUCCAGUGGAAGAGCUUGAGAGAGAGAGAAAGCGCUG